ACGCCUGUGCAAGUGUUUGCAACAGCAAGUAGUGGUCGUUUAGUAGGAUUGGCAGUCAUCUUCGUCGAUCAGUAGCAUCAGUAGUAGCUGAACGUUCGUCUCGUUAGUCUGCUUGAAGUAUAGAAGUAGUGGCGGCUCCGUGCGCAGAACAAUCCGGGUUUGUAGCGAUUUUUCUUCGUUGCGUCUUGCUUUUUCACUUUCGCGAUCGUCCUUCACGAGUGUGGGCAGCAGAGGUAUUUUUCUCAGCCAUUUCGGCAACGUUAAUCUUUUCGACAAUUCCAUUUCGGGUUUCGUGUGAAGAAUGGCUUUUGCGGUGCGGAAUUGAAGUGAUAAUUUAUCGCUGUGACGUGCGUGAAUUGCCGCAGAAUCUGAUUUGAAUCCCCAUUGUGGCGGAUGUGAGAAGUACAAAAAAAGUUUUCUGCAGAUAGAGCAGGCUGCAGCAAAAAAAAAGUAGAAAAGGUGGUGCGAUUAUUCGUGUGUGCGCUCAGAGUAAAUUGAGUAUAACAACGUACUUUGGUGUGCGCUUGCUGCUAAGCCAAGUUGGUUCCACGGCUUUGUGUGAGUGUUUUGCGAAAAAAGUCAACACGGUCCAAGAAGAGAAAAAAACAACGUUAAGUGCUGCCAGAUAAACGGAUUUGCGUUGGAUUUAACAGUGGUUUAACAGAGAUUACCAAAUUUCGGUGACUGAACGACAGGAUUAAGUGAAAAAUUGUCAAAAGCGACGUAACGUAACAAGCAACACGUAGCUCUGACAGCAAGCAACCAGAGCAAAAUCAAGUUAUCCUCGCCUUGUUUACACACUCACACGGAGCAAGGCCUAAGGAGGAUGGCCGAUUAUGGCGACUAACUCUCCCAGAAAGCCGCCAGAACAUGACACGACCACCGAAACCUUCGUUUUCAACCACAGCAUCAACAACAUCGACAACAACAGCAGUAGCGGCAAUUUCCUGAAUAAACGGCAGUCAACCUGUACCUGCUCGAACAUUGCUAUUAUGCAAUUGUUCCACGAGAUGAAACAGAAAUAUCCUACUGUCCCGGACCAUGUGGUUUCGGAUGUUGUGACGGCAAAUUGCCAUAACCGACCGGCGUGUAUCGAUAGUCUGGAGAAGGCAGUUUUAGGGACCCCGUCUGCAGUGCAGGCGUAUCCGUCGCAAUCGAUACACAGUACAACGCUGAAGCGACGGAUAAACGAUCGUAAACUGAGCAAGCUGGAGAGCAGCCUCAGCACCGCCAGCGGAGGCAGUAAUAGCAGUCGUGAAAAUAGUGUUGAUAAGCUAUCGAGAAGUGUUAGUGAUGCGAUCGGUAGCAGCAGCAGUAAUGGUGGUUUCGUGGACAACAAUAACACCAGGCUAAAUAGCGGUGCACUGAUUGGCGAUAUACCACGUGACAGUGGUAGUGCAAAUAAUGCUGAUAAGAACCCAACGACAACGACGAGCACCCCGGCGGCUGUUUUUGAUAACAAUAAUAAUCGAGCUGCAUUGAGCAGACCCAAUACUCUCGCAUUUAGUGGGCCGCGGCCGACACGAGUAGCUCCAUUACCGCCCAUUAGUUCUACCAUCACUGCUAGUCCAGAACUCGGAGAAACCGUGAACGUCCAGUUGAACGUGACCGUGUCGCCAGUCGCUAAUCGAAGUCCGAUUGGACAUCGGCAUACAUCGACCCUGCAACUGCAACCGGAACCUCCUUACUCUCGCGAGCUCGCUCAAGCAUCAAGCAGUUUCAAUACUCCCGGGUCAUUGCCUGCCGGAGCAAACAGCCGAAGUUCGACGUCGGUUAAUCUAACAUUACGACAACCGAGCGAUCGGCCUCAGUCACCUAUUCACAUUCACGCUAGUCCUCUCAAGUAUACGGCCAAAGGCUUUAACGCUCAGUCUGGCAUCCAGAGUAAGCUCGAGAUCACCUUUCGCGAUGGGUUUGGUUCAAUUAGUGCAAUGAGAACGCAUGUUCCUGGUUACGAAACGGGCCCGUCAACGACAGCUGGUGUCAUCUGCGCCGAUGCCAACGGCAAUAUUAAUAAUAGUAGUAGUCUUACUAAUAGUAAUUAUUUAACACACGGGCAACAGCCGCAGAACCCUUACAGGGAUCCACACUAUCAGCAGAUGAUGGCGCAAUACCAUCCACCGAGUAUCGGGGAGAGCAACGUGCAGUCAUUUGCAAACAAAGAGAACGAUGGACUUAGCCGGCAGCAUCUGUAUCAGAACUAUCUAACAGAGGUAGCCAUCACGCAGCAGCUGGAUCAGAAGAACCGCUUGUGCGAGGAAGUUGAUCGGUACCGGCAGCAGUUGGAUUCGAUUCGUCGAGAAAUUUGGGUGCUGCAACAACCGCUUUCGCAGCAUGAUGCACUCUGUCUGAGUCGAGAGGUUGAAUUACUAGCGCAUGAAGUCGACCAAAUGCAAAAGGAAAUCGACUCAGCAGAACUGACCGGACCAGCAGGCAGCUUACCGGGUGUGACCGUAGAGGAUGGCCUAUCUGCACUCAGUAUCGAAGGAUCUCCAACGCUACCGGUCGCCCCCAAUGUCAACCGGCCGCCCCGUCCGCCAAGACCGCCACCACCGAAAAUACCACAAUCCCAUCAGCCUUCAGUAUCAACCGCCACCGGUAGUGCCUUGUACACGCUCGAGAGUCGAUAUAAUCCGAGUCGUUCAAUAUCGGCUCCCACUGCCGGCGGUGGUUCGGUCGAUCCCACCGGCGGCAGUGUAAUUAGCAUUGGAGAGUCAUGGACUUGCAGCCUUUGUACAUUCCAAAACCACGAACUCAUGACCAGAUGUGAAGUGUGCUCGUUAGCCAAAGUUCCCGUAGCAACCGCAGCUGGGCAGGACAUCCACAUCUAUUUGUCUCCUGGUCAAAACAAAAUUAUACACUCUUGGAUCGUUUCCUAGUGCAUGGGUGUCGGAUGGGCCAGGAGAAGGUCAUGGUUUCAUCCAAUCGUUGUAAAGAUGUAAAUUGUCGUCCAUCAUCCGGCUUUAUAACCAUUUAACUGACAAAUACAACAUAAUUUUAUUAGGCAGCGUGUCAGUAGCAAACGCAAUUCCUGCAUACGACGAAUGAUAGCGGCUCAAGUGUGGCUAUUGACUAUAGUUAUUUUCUAGGGAACAUCGUUUUUUUUUUCUGUAAAUAAACUGUAGCCCGUCUGUUAAGCGCUGUGUUAUGCCACAAAAGAUCAAACAACUACUAGUCGCAGUGGGGUCCACACAAAAAAAAAAGCGCUGUGUUAGAUCAUUUAUAUAAACACUGAUCGAAACAAUUUUUCGCAUCUAAUAACGAAAAACUCAAAAAAUUAAAUCCAGAAAUGAGCUUCCUGUUUGUUAGAUGUAAUUUUAGUGAGCAGUUUUUUUUUCUCGCAAUUCAACUAGUACAAACUGCACGACGCCUCCAUCACUUGAACGCAGAUAGGGAGGCGCACGGUCAUCUGUGAAAAAUUAGCACAAAAUUUUCAACUGCAUGAAAACAAAAAAAAACGACUAAACUACGUUUAAUAAACAGAGAACAUGUUUGCUAACAUAAUCUUUCUUCUGUUCGAUAAACUUAACUGGAUGCGAACCAACUAUUCGGAUUGUUUCGAGCAGUUUAAUCGACGAAACAAGGAAUCCACUGUGGGACACAUUUUUACAUGCAUUAAACCAAAAGUAGGUUUUCUUCAUUUUGUUUUUAUUUUGUUGAUUACUUAUUAUACUAAAUCAAACUGAAAGAAUUUUCUAAAUAAAGCCAGCAGAAAUAGCUUUUUGAAAGUGUUACUGUAUUCUCGAUGGUCAUAUGAUUCAUUACCGGUUUGUUUAGUUUACAGAGUUUACCUCUUGUAAAAUCACUUCUACUUUUAAACCGACAGAUCGUUGAGAUCCUAUGCCGAAUCCAGAAUACGCCUCUACAAAACUAGGUCUUGGGGUGCUACUCUCCAGUCUCCCCUUACACCUGCUGCUCUGGCAUCCUCGUCGACAGCACAUCACAGAGAACAGACAUACAAGUAUACCUGUA